AUGACGCUAUCUCUGGACCAAGCCGAAAGGGUCCUGAUGUCAUUACUGCUGCUCACUUAUAGACACUUCCUGUACAUUGUUCUUUUUGAACUACUGGACUUACACUGCGUCGAAAGAACUAGCCAGGACGAAAAGUUUGCUAGUUCAAACCGACUCCUAGGCGACAUAUUCUGUUUAGCUGGCGCUGCGCUCUAUGGCGUCAGCAAUGUUUUUCAGGAGUGGAUGCUCAAGUCGUUCAAGCGAAGCGAAUACUUAGGGAUGCUUGGCAUUUUCGGCAGCUUUAUAUCAGGAAUUCAACUCUUUCUUUUGACCAUUGUCUCGACCAAUUUAGCAUUGUUGUACGCCGGAUUCGCGUUGUCAAUGUUCAUAUUUUACUCAUUGGUGUGCGUGAUGAUCGAACAAGCCGGGGCGACUAUGUUUAACCUGUCCAUUCUUAGCGCAGAUUUCUACACGUUUUUCAUAAGCUACUUUUUGUUCAACGAAAAGUUCCAUGGACUGUACUUCGGCUCCUACGUAUUGGUGUUUGUUGGAUCCGUUCUUUACUCGGUGAAAGACCCCGGUUCACGUGACAACAGUAACAACGUGAGACCUAGAAGUUACGAGGAAAUCAGCGGCGUCACAACUACCAGACCAGAGCUUUCGAGUGUGUCUAGUACGGAUGUCGCCAUGAAGUACUGUCCGGUUCACGGUGCUCUGUUCAUUUCGAGUACCUCACCUGUCGACACGGCUGAAAAUCAGCCCUCCUCCUUCUAG